AUGUUUUUAUAAUAAACUAUUUGUGAAACCAAUUGUCAUAUCGUUUAUCUGCAAAAAAUAAAAUAAAAUAUAUGUUUAGUUACCGAUAAGUUUGGUUUCAGGACAACAAUUGGUCAAAAAAUUCAAACCAACCGCUAAUUAAUUAAAAAACAGCCAAAGUGUUGACCAUCGGUACUACUGACAAUUGGUGUCCAUCGAUGUCUUAUUACAUAUGAAGACAUCCGAUGAUUAUGAGCCGCAAGACUAAAGCCGCCAACAAUUGCUUUGACUUUGCGGCCAACGUCCGCACCGUCCGCGAUAUUACCGAACAACACGUCCAGCGGGUCUAUCGUCUCGAUUCGGAUGUUUGCCGUUCAAAGACCAACAAAAACUGUACGCAAAACAUCCGCUGUCUGAACGGUUUGGGCGAAAAGCCGUGGCUCACACAGCCGUCGUCGGACAGCUCGACAGCGGCGGCCAAUGUGGACGAUGUCGACCCAGAUCUGGAUUUAGGCAAACGGGCCGACAAUUCGUUUGUCGGACUCAAGAACUUAGGCGCCACUUGUUAUGUCAAUUGUCUUCUUCAGGUUUGGUUUCAUAAUCCGAUAUUUCGGUCACUGAUCUACAGAUGGAAUCCAGACCACGACGAAGACGAGAUUCGUCUCAAUCAGUUGACAGCUUCAGAUGAUUUGCCAGACAAUGGCAACGAUGAAGAUUUCGAACCGAAGACUUGUAUCGGCAAAUUGCAAGUAAUCUUUGCAUUGAUGCAGUUUGGUGUACGAAAUUCAGUUGAUCCCAAACCGAUUAUCGAUUGUCUCGAAUUGGACGCCAAUCGACAACAAGACGCACACGAAUUUUCCAAUUUAUUCUUCUCGUUGGUAGAGAAGAAGCUUCAGUCACAACGAGACGAUGGCGUACGCAAUGUCAUAAAGAGUCAGUACUGCGGCAAAUAUGCCUACAUUACCAGUUGCCGAACCUGCGAGUCCCAGUCGUCCCGUGAGUCCCAGUUCUAUGAAUUGGAUCUUAAUAUCAAAGGCUGUAAAGACAUUAGCGAAAGUCUUAAUCAAUAUCUAAAGGUCGAGAAUCUCGAAGGCCCGAACCAAUACUAUUGCGGAAGGUGUGGCCAAAAACGCGAUGCCAUCCGAUAUAUCGAAUUGAGACAAUUGCCGCCCGUUUUGAACAUUCAAUUGUUGCGUUUUGUUUUCGAACCGCGUAUCAGAAAACUCAACUCAUUCUUCAAGUUUCCCGAUGUUCUUGAUUUGCGGCCAUAUUUGAAAUCAGCUGACAGUUUGACGCCCCAACAGACCACUUACCAUUUGAGCGCUGUUCUCAUACAUCGCGGUCCGAGUGCCAACUCUGGCCACUAUAUCGCACAUAUCAGAGACGAGAAAACAGGAUUUUGGUUCAAAUUUAACGACGAAUCUGUGGAACAAAUUGAAGGAAAAAAGUUAAAACUGGAUUCCGACGAUAUCAUUGUCAACGAUGAAAAUAAAGAGAUAAAUGGUGGUAAUGGCGGCAGUACUACUACUAGUAGUAGUAGUAGUGGUAGUGGUAAUACCACUUCAUCGACGACCGCGAAGAACGACAAAAAAGAGAACAAUGUUAUUCAUAAUUCAAACAAUGCCUAUAUGUUGGUCUACAAGAAUGAAUUGCAACGAAAUGCCGAUUUGUCUGCCGAUUGCAACAACUGGGGACUACCGGACUAUUUGAUUAAGUCGGUCGAUAGAGACAGACAACUGUUCGAGGAGUCGAUUGCCGAACAAAAGAUGUUAAAAAAAGAAGAAAUGAUAUUAUUUACCAAACGAAAGAUGGAAAUCCAAGAAAUCUAUAACGACUUAUUGGCGACUACUGAUCGGCGACCACACGAAUUCAUAUCAAAGAAAUGGCUGAUGCAAUGGUUAAGUGCCAAACCAACCGAACAGAUCCAACCGGUGAACAACAACGAUCUGGUCUGUCGUCACGGCAAACUUGAUUUCAAAUGUUUGUCGUCGAUCAAAUGUAUAGCCAAAUCGGGUGCCGAUCGCCUCUACGAUCGAUAUGGCGGUGGACCUCGUAUUGGAUCCGAUUCGUUGUGCAUGGACUGUGUGGCCAAACAGGUUGAACUUAUUCAGGUUAAGGCAAAAAUCGACGAAGACAUCAAACUGAUUACAUCACAGCUCAAGUUUACUGUCCAUCAGACUGACGAUGCAUUUUGGGUCGGAAAAGAUUCGCUAAAACAAUGGAAACAAAUGAAAUUGAAAUUAGUUGAGUGCAAUAACAAUACUAAUAAUAAUGACAACGAAAAAAAUGAUAUAUCGGACAGUUCUGUCGAAGUGAUCGACAAUAAUAAUGAUAGCGAUAAUAGCGAUAAUUUAAUUGGUUUUAACGAUGAUAUUAUUUGUGUUCAUGGUCAGUUGACCACCGAUGAUAACAAACGUCGAUUAGUUAGUCGACUGGUUUGGCAGACAUUGAAAUCCCAUUUCCCAGACGCCCAUCAAUUCACCAGUGAUAGCCUUGUCUGUGAACAGUGUAAUUUGCUUAACUUAGAACACGAGCACCUGAAGUCGCAGCACAAAGAGAUGGCAACUAUACAAAAGUUACGAUUACCUCAUCUGUCAGCUGAAAGACAUCGACUACUAUGGGAUGAGCUGGAGAUCGCCCAACGAUACUAUGCAUUGAGCCGAAAGUUUCUUAUUUCAUGGAAAAAGUUUGUUAAUGAUCCGUCGCGAAACUCGCCGCCGGAAGCCAUUGACAACAGCGGCCUAUUAUGCGCUCAUCAAAGGUUCUUAUAUCCCACUUAUAGUGAGAUUAUCGGCACCGAUAGCAAGUUUGUGAUCGUUACCAAUGAGGAAUGGGAUGCACUCAACACUUUCUACUCGUGUGACUCGACCAUCGAGUUCUUUCUCAUCGAUGACAUUGAAAACAAUAUGAGAUCCAUUAUGUCUAUUCCAGAGUUUUGCGAGUCGUGCUAUCAAAGUCUAUGUCUUCAGCAAGAAAGAGAUCGACUGACUUACAAGAAUCAGCCAAUUUAUGUCCGCAAAGUUGAGAACAAUGAAAGCAAUUCCGAAGAGGAUUCGCACGGAAACCAAGAGAUCAGCGGUGAUUCAUACCAUUUGAAAACAAAUGGCAAAAAAUUGAAGACCGAAGAGACCAAUGGCGUGACCAAUACUAUACAGACAAACCAUCAGCAAAUGGCUGGCCUGAGAAGGAGUUCCCGCCGAAGGAAGAACAAGAAUGAAAAAGAAAUCAAAGUCUCAUCAACUGAUAGUCUACUCGAUCUUAAAGUACAGAUAAUGAAUAUAUUCAAAGUGGCCACUUAUGACCAGCACUUGUCACUAAAUAGUCGACCACUUGAGACCUAUAAUAAUAGUAAGACUCUGGCGGAACUCCAUGUGGAACCCUUUUCCCUAAUAACUUUAACAGUAGAUGAAGAGCCCAGCAAUGAGUGCACUCUCAUUGAUGACGAUUACAUUAAAGGUGCUGUGCCUGAGAUAGGAUUCAAGGGGACACAACUGCAACUACACUGAUAUUGUUGUACUAUAUAUAUAUCAUAUUUAUAUAUAUAU